UGUUUCUGCUAUUUACACUAGAGUAUUGGUUGUUUCGAUAUAAAAAGAACGAAUGAACAGUGGAAUGGUGAGAGAGGAUUCGGAUUUCGGGUUGGAAACGUCCCACUUCGCUUUCCUUCAACAGAACAAGAAUAUUUUGGCCAAUAAUGUUCUCUGGAAGCGAAAAGAGCAACUGGUGAAAUGGGAAACUUCAGAAACGAAUCGUUUACCAUCGGUCCGAAAGCUUAGUCGUGAAUCGAAAGUCAGGUUUACUGAUGAAGACAUAUUUCUGAGUGCUUGUUUAAGUGGUGACUUGGAGGAAGUGCAGACAUUACUCAGUGAUGGUGCAAAUAUUAAUACUAGUACAGUUGACGGCCUUACAGCCUUACAUCAGGCAGUCAUAGAUGGGAAACCAAAAAUGGUGCAGUUUUUGGUGGAGCAUGGAGCUAACGUUAAUGCACAAGAUAAUGAAGGUUGGACUCCAUUACAUGCAGCAGCUUGCUGUGGAAAUGUUGAUUUAGUCGAGUAUCUGUGUGGGGAAGGUGCCGAUAUUUCUGUAACGAAUAGCGAUAAGGAAUUAGCUGUCGAUUUGGCAGAAGAAGAUGACUGUCGCUUGGCUUUAGAAGAGGAACAUCAACGACAAGGCAUAGAUCCUAAUGAAUGCCGAAAUAGAGAAUUAACAAUAAUGAGACGUGAUGCAGAGCAAUGGCUGAAAGAUGGUGAAAUGCAUGAUCAUCCGCAUUCUCGAACUGGUGCUACUGCGCUUCAUGUCGCAGCUGCAAAAGGGUAUAACGAUGUAAUAAGAUUGUUGCUUAAAGCUGGUGCCGACGUGAAUUGCCGUGAUCGUGAUGGCUGGACCCCGCUUCAUGCUGCUGCACAUUGGGCUGAGCAUGAGGCUGCUGCUAUUCUUAUUCAAAAUGGUGCUUCUUUCUCCGAGCUCACCAACAAUGGUGAAACAGUAUUAAAUGUUGCUGAUAAAGAUAUCGUUGAAUACUUAGAAGGAAUGCAAGAAAAGGAGCGAUUGAGACUAACUUCCAACAGUUCUGUUAGUGUAUUAGUACAUUCUAAUGCACCACUUAAAAGAGCUGGUUCGACUACUUCUGUUUUAAGAAUGUCUACGGAAGAAAAGACAAAGAAAACAAAACUGGACGAACGAGAUGAAAAAAAAGAGCUUAAGGAAGGUGAUUACUCGUUCAUUAUUGAGAAUAAUUCUCCUUCUCCAUCUGUAGAAGUUCGAUUGCCUUUCCCUGUGAAACAACAGCAGCCUGACACUUCUGAAUCUCUCUCAGAGGAAGAGAGGUUAUCUUCCAAAUCAAAUAGCGAAAGUUGUAGCGAAGAAAAGACUGCUUCUAUUGCUGAAUCGAAAAAUAGCGAUACGGAUAAGGGUGGAUCGUCUGCAUCCGAAUCAAUUACUUUUUCUGAAUCUGAUCAAAAAACAAGCCUAUCAAUAGAGGAUAGAUUGGCACGUGUUGCAACUUCGACAACUCCAUCUCCUCCUGCUCCUAUUCUUUCAGCUUUCGUAAGCGAAUCGAAAUCUCCAUCAGAAAUGAUGCGGAAUUCAACUUCCCCUUCAUCAUCUACAACUACCAGCAGUCCGUCUUUACGAUCUGCGAUUAACGAUUCUAAUUUGUCGAUUGUAUUGUCGGAGAAUCAGCCUUCACUCAAAGCUCACUCUGUAGAAAAAGAAUUUACAACGACAACAGCUUCCUUAGAGCCAUCAGCUCGUUUCAGUAAAUCUGUCAACCUACAACGAUCAACAUCAGCACCAGUUCCAUGGAUGCCUCUAUAUCGUAGUUCGGCAAUCAAAGGUCCACUACAUCCGGCUUUUGCGCAUUUCCAAGCUGCUGUACGACAGGCUGCUAUCAGCACUAUGAAUAGAAUUCAGCCAGUAACGAACGCUUGUUCAUUGCAGACUGGCCAACCAUCUUUGUCAAGGGGAUUGCUUGCAACACCACCAAUGGAACCAAAUAUGCCAAAUGAAAGUGAAGCUGAACGACGAAGUAGAGCAAAACGACAAAGAGACUCUCGCAGAUCGACGCAAGGAGUAACUCGAGAACAGUUGCGCGUUGCCACAGCUCUAACUGUUCGACAUGAUGACAAGGAGAGAGAGCGGGAGAAUGAAAUGCAGAGGGAUGGGAAAAAUUUUUCUUCUCCUUCGUUGGAUUCCACUUCACUGCAUGAAAUCGAAAAAAGAACUGGGGAAGAAAGGAAGGACUUUGAUGCAAAAACGUACGCUCAAUCGCUUUCUGCUGUUCGUCGUCGGUCGCAAGCUCCAAGGACUACACGGCGCGUAACAGGUCCAGUCCGAAUUGACGAUCUUCAGAGCGAAGAGACAUCGGAUGAUUCAGUCCAGAAAAGUGGUGGUGACUCGUCUUCAACCAACACAGUCACAUCAUCCUCUUCCAGUGUCGAUCGCUCAAUUCCUGCCACUGCUACUACUUCUUACAGUUUUAGAGACAAUGCUCUUACAGCUAUUGCUUAUACUCAGGCUGCUCUUACCAGUAAAGUAAGGACCACCCAAACUAAUUCUAUACAUAUCGGUGGAAGUACAGCUACCACAGCUUCAUUUCAAAUGCUCAAUAGCAAAUCGAAAUGUCAGGAGACAGUUUUGGAUUACAAAACAUUGUAUGAAAAGGAAAAACAGGAAACAGAAAGAUUACGGCGCCGAAUUGAAGAGCUAUCAUUAGAGAAAUCGAAUUCAGCAAACAACAUUUCAUUAUUGAAAUGUAAUGUUGGAGGACGGCUUAAACCACUACCAUCGCUUAAUAAGUCUUUAUCAUCAACACCAAUGAACGAUCGUGAACGACAUAAUUAUGAACAACAAAUUGCCGAAAUGCAAUAUGAAAUUGAGCAGUUGGAACACCUACGCACGGACAACCAAAAAUUAAAGGAAGAGAAUGGAGCACUAAUACGCGUAAUAUCAAAGCUCUCGAAAUGA